AUGCAUUUUCCCAGAUACCUGGUGGCAGCUCUGUCUGUUGUACCUGCCUGCAGCGCCCUUCCCUCGCAGCAGCCCCGGGAUUCUGCAUCGACAAUAUCCUCCGAUGCCCUCAAGUCCUUCGACUUUUGGGUGCAGUAUGCAGCGGCCGCCUACUGCGAGUCCAACUACAUCUCCCAGGCGGGCCAGAAGCUGACCUGUUGGGCGGGCAAUUGUCCCCAGGUUGAGGCCGCCGAUGCAACCAUUCUGCUAGACUUCUCCAACACCACUGCAACAGAUACCGCCGGCUUCCUCGCCCUCGACCACACGCACCAGGCCCUGAUCCUCUCCUUCCGAGGCUCGUAUUCCGUCCGAAACUGGCUAACCGACGCGACCUUCUUCUACGCCGACCCACAUCUCUGCACGGGCUGCCAGGCCGAGUUAGGCUUCUGGAGCGCCUGGACCAACGUGAGGGCGAACGUAACUGCAGCCCUCACUCAUGCCCGCGCCUCAUACCCCGACUAUGAAUUGGUAGUGGUGGGCCACAGCCUGGGCGCGGCCAUCGCGACCCUCGCCGCCGCUGACCUGCGCGACCACCAGAACGAAACAACGACCCUCUACGCCUUCGCCUCACCGCGCGUGGCCAACCCCGCCCUGGCCAAGUAUAUCACCGCUCAGGACCAACAAAAGAACCAGGGCAAGAACUAUCGGUUCACGCACACCAACGACCCCGUACCGAAUCUCCCUCUGCAGCUGAUGGGGUAUGCUCACAUCAGCCCUGAAUACCACAUCACCACACCGGGUAACGCCACCGUCACGACGAACCAGGUCGUUGUGUAUGCCGAUGGGGAUAGCAGCCAGGGGAACACGGGGCUGCUGGGGAUCCCGGAUCUGCUGGCCUUCGAUGCGCAUCAUUGGUAUUUUGAGCGGGCGGAUGCGUGUCUGGGGCCGGGGUUGCCGUUCAAAUGA